UAGACAGAUUGGAGCUGUGGCAAACAGUUCAUAUUGAAGGGAGAACUCACCUGAAAUCACCAUUGAAUCCAGGAGGAACAUCAUUCCCUUGCAUUGCACACUGUGGAACAGCAAGUUUGUAUUAUAUCUAUACAUUUACACAUCGCUCCUCACCAAGCAAUAUCUUUCAAGUUCAAAACUGAAAGCCCAACAGCUGAGGGGAAAGAAAGACCUGCUCUUUAUGAGACCCCCUGUAUGGGCAAAGGUUUGUGGAAGUUGAAUUAAUCUCUCCUGGAAGAUGCGACAAUAAGACAAUCCUUCGAGGAGUUCUUUCAGGGCCAGGAACCGUUAGUGGACCUCUGCAACAAUCACAACUGAUUAUUUUAUUUGAGGAAAAGAAGUUCUGACAUGAAUUAUUAUUGCACAUCAAAACAAAUAAUCUUGUUACUAAUAUUAAUACAGAUUGCCACUUCUAUAUCUGCCUUUGGAUAUGCAAAGUGUUUUUUGGCCUAUGAGAACUCACAAUAUGCAAACUGUAUAGGACAAAGAAUUGUGAAUUUGACCCAAGCCAUUCAACAUCUCCCCAAUAAAACGCAAUGGCUGAAUGCUUCACAAAAUGACAUAGUCAGAGUGGAACGCAAAAGUUUUUUCCAUUUGCCCAAUCUUUUAGGGGUUCAGCUGAACAGAAAUCAAAUCAGCACAGUUCAGUCUGGGGCAUUCCAGAAUUUGAAGUAUCUUCAUUGGCUGGACCUCAGUUACAAUUCAAUAAAAAGUUUGGACAAUUGGGACAUAAGUGAUUUAACAAAUUUAAGGAUUCUCAACAUUGGUCAUAACAAUAUCAAUACAAUACAAAGCGUGAGUUUAACACCCCUGCUUCAUUUACAAGAACUUGACCUUUCUUUUAAUUAUAUUACAAACUUUGCAACUGUGGCAGAAGCUGUAAACAAUUUAGCUGAACUAUCCACACUGAAUCUGAGUUCUAAUUUGGUGACCAAUUUAUCUAAUGCUCAGAGAUUGAUAACUCUACAGUCACUGAAUAUUUUAGACUUGAGCUCUAAUUCCAUUGGUGUCUUAGACCUUAAUUAUUUCUACAUGCCCAAUCUGAGUGGUCUCAUGGUCAUGAAAAAUAAUAUGGGUGCUAUAAAUGCUAGCUCCUUUUCAAAUGUACCAAAAUUAGCUAAGAUCAACUUUGAUGAAAAUCCAUUAAACAUUUCCUUCCUUCUGGGAAUCCAGCUUCCUAAUCUGACAGAACUUCACUGGUCCAGCAUGAGACCCAACCUUGACAAUAAGUUGACUAUUCCAUGCCAGGUUUUCAAGUCUUUACCAAAAUUACAAGUUUUGUACAUAAUGCACUCAAAAGUUUCACAUUACAAUAUUGGAAAAAUUGGCGAGUGCACCAAUCUAACAACCCUUGUUCUUUCAACAAGUUCUUUUAAGAACCUGAUUAAGGGGGAUCUUCAGAUGUUUAAGUACAUUAAGGUUCUAUAUCUUAACAAGUGUAAAAUAAAAGAAAUAAGGAAUACCACAUGGAUUGGUCUUAAGUUUCUCCAUACCUUGAUCCUAGAGAGAAACAAUAUUUUGUAUUUAAAAGACAGAUUAUUUAGCCCUCUAACUGGUCUUCAGUACUUGGACCUUUCAAAAAAUUCUUUAACUUACAUUAACAGCAGAUCAUUUGAAGACUUAAACAAGCUCAAAACCCUUAUUCUGAGAAGUUGCAAAAUAGCAGCCAUUAAGCCAUUUACCUUCAAAUAUUUAAGGAAUCUAAGCUUCCUAGACAUUCGUGACAACAGUAUAUCAAGAAUUAGAGGGAAGUCAUUUGACCAUCUCAAAAGACUUGAAACGCUGUUAUUGUCAGAAAACAAAAUACAGUCAGUACAGGGUAAUAGUCUUAAAGAGCUUGUGUUAUUAAAGAAACUAACAUUAGCUAAUAAUAACAUUUAUAAAGUUUCAAAUACCACUUUUCAUUCUCUAAAAACUCUCAAAAUCCUGAAUAUCAGUGGAAAUGCACUGAGCUUUAAUAAACUUGAUUCUGUUAGUCCCUUUCAAAGGCUUAAGUAUCUUGAAUCAUUAGAUAUAAGCUACCAAAGACAACGCUACAAGGAUCCUGUUUCAGAAGCACUUUUUCAAGGCCUACGAUCCCUUAAACAGCUUUAUAUUCAAGGUAUUCCAAGCUCCUUUUUCAAAGAUGUAUCUUUUUCAUUUUUGACCAAUUUGACAGAGAUUGAUAUGACUGGGACCUUCCAAGGAGCUGAUUUGUAUUCCAUGGUGGAAUUAAUCAGAAAAUGUAAUCAAAUAAGAUAUCUUUGCCUUGAUGACAAUGAAAUCACAAAUAUUCCUGUAGAUACCUUUGUUGGGUUUAAUCUGUUGGAAAACCUUUCUCUGAAAUACAACAAACUUAAGAACAUUAGUGAACACCUUGUGAAACCUUUGUCUAACUUAAGAAAUUUUGAUCUGUUUAUGAAUCCUCUCUUAUGUUCAUGCGAAAAUUACUGGUUCCAGAACUGGUCUAAAUUUGACCCUCAGGUGCAGAUACCAUUUUUAGAAUCAUACAUUUGUUUUGGACAAAUAACCCAUGAAAUCAGUUUUGUGAACCAGGAUUUAAGUUUUUGUGGGACUGACAUAUCAGUUUUUUUUUUCAUUGCAUCUUUUAUUUUAACAUUGCUCCUCUUGGUUGCAAGUCUUGUAACAGUUAAACUGAAGUGGUCCUUACUUUACUUCUACCAUAUGAUGCAAGUUUGGCUUCGAUGGAGAAUAAAAAAGGAGAAGAGACUCUACACAUAUGAUGCAUACAUAUCCUACUGCUCAGAAGAUGAAGACUGGGUCAUAAAAGAACUUUUGUUCCAUUUGGAAAGCAAAGGACAACGCAAGUAUAAACUUUGUUUCAAAUCUAGAGAUUUCAUUCCUGGAUCCUACCAUAUUGAUAAUAUCCAAGAGUCCAUUAAAAACAGCCGCAAGACUUUGUGUGUAGUCAGCAGAAAUUAUUUGGAAAGUCAGUGGUGUAAAGUAGAAGUUGAAAUCGCAUGUUCAAGAGUCUUUUAUGAGAAGGAGGAUGUAUUGCUUGUGGUGUUUUUGGAAGAAAUCCCAAACUUCAGACUUUCCGCCUAUCACAAAUUAAGGAAGCUGAUAAAGCAGAAUACAUACAUUAACUGGCCUGAAGACCCCAAAGGCAAUGAAUUCUUCUGGUUCAAGCUUCGGAAAGCAUUAGAUGCUGGUGUAUAUGAAACGGACACAAUGCAGCUUUCUGUGACUAACUGACAACAUGGAUAAAAAGAAGCAUCUGUACUAAUGGAUUGUAUUUCCAGGAUCGGAAAUUGUGCCACAUCACAUGUAGCCUGAGAUGGGAUAUAUAUCAGUAAACAUUUGUCUAGACAAGA